UCCUCUUUCUCGACAACUCCUCUAUUUUCUUUUCUACCAAACAAAAUAGAGCAACUACUUACUUUUCAAAAUGACUUUCACUUCACCUUUAGCCUUCUCCUUUAAAACGACCUACGAUGUUUUCCUUAGUUUUAGAGGACCUGAAACUCGUCCCAAUUUUACUAGUCAUCUUUAUACUGCUCUGUGCCGAAAAAAUAUUACAACAUUCAUAGAUGAUGUUCUUGAGAGAGGAGAAGAGAUCUCGCUAACGCUUAUGAAAGCGAUUGAAGAAUCUAAGAUUUCUAUAGUAAUUUUCUCAGAAAAUUAUGCGUCCUCCCGGUGGUGCCUAAAUGAAUUGGUGAAAAUUAUUGACUGCAAGAAAACAAUGGGACGAAAGGUUUUACCCAUUUUCUACCAUGUAGAUCCUUCUCAUAUUAGAAAUCAAACUGGAAAAUUUGGAGAAGCAUUUGGGAAAGUUAAAGAAAAGCAGAGCUUAGACGUUGUGGAAGAGUGGAGCACUGCUUUGACGGAAGCAGCCAAUCUAUCUGGGUGGGAUUCCAGCAACUACAGGACUGAAUCGAAAUUAAUUCAUAAAGUUGUCAACCAAAUCGAGAAGACACUGUAUCCUGUCUCCUAUAGCGCUUGUAAUGAUUUUGUUGGGAUUGAUGUUCAUAUCAACGAAAUUCUAUCAUUACUAUGUAUUGAGAUGGCAGAUGUACGUUUUAUUGGAAUUUGGGGAAUGGGCGGCAUAGGAAAGACAACCAUUGCUGAAGCUCUUUUUAGUUAAAUUUCUAAUCAAUUUGAUGCUUGCUACUUUCUAAGCAACGUUAGAGAAGAUGCAGAAAAGCAUACAUUACUGCAUUUACAAAAAACUCUUAUUUCUCAACUUGUAGAGGAUGAAGAUUUGAGCAUACAAAUGCUUGAUGUACUUCCCACUAUCGCUCUGUGUAAACUUAGAAGAAAGAAGGUUUUCAUUGUUCUCGAUGAUGUUAAUGAUUCAGAGCAAUUAGAGGCUUCAGCCGGAGAUCAUGGUUGGUUUGGUUUAGGAAGUAGAGUCAUAGUAACAAGCAGAGACAAAGAAGUACUUGUUGGAGUUGAUCACAUAUAUAAGGUUGAGGAAUUAACAUAUCGUCAUUCUCUUCAGUUAUUGAGUGUGAAAGCCUUUAAACAAGAGCAUCCUCCCGAGCGGUUUAUGGAGUUGGCACAAAGGGUGUAUGCUAAAGGUGUUCCAUUAGCCCUUAAAGUUUUGGGUUCACAUCUAUGCAAAAGAUCUCCCAAGCAAUGGGACAGUGUAUUGAAAAAGCUAAAAAAGAAUCCACAAUCCAGGAUUCAUAAUAUAUUAAAAAUAAGUUAUGAUUCGCUAGAACCAACAGAAAAGGCCAUAUUUCUUGAUAUUGCUUGCUUUUUCAAAGGCCAUGACAAAGAUUGUGUAGAAGAAAUACUAGACGGAUGUGAUCUUGCUCCAAGUUUGGGAAUAAUUCGUUUAGUGGAAAAGUGCCUCGUAGUUUUUGUGGAAAAUAAGUUAGAGAUGCAUGAUUUAAUACAAGAAAUGGGUCAACACAUUGCUCGGCAUAAAGGUAGUAGAUUGUGGAAAUUUCCAGAAUUUUGUGAUAUGGUGGCAACUAAGAAGGUGAACAAAGCAGUGGAAGGCAUAUUCUUGGAUACAUCUAAAAUUGGAAAGACACGGUUGAAUCCUGAAACCUUCUCACGGAUGCCUAACUUAAGAUUACUCAAAUUUUUUAGGGCUCAAUAUUGUUCAAAUAAAAAAGACUCUGGCUUCAUACUUGAAUCUGCUAAAAGGAAUUGUCUGCAGCAUCUUCCCAACAAGUUGGGUUUACUACAUUGGGAGGAAUAUCCUUACAGGUCUAUGCCUUCAUAUUUUUUCAUGGAGAAUCUUGUUUUACUCAAUUUGGAAGACAGCAAGGUUGAACGACUUUGGAAUGGAGAUAAGUGUCCUCAAAAGUUAAAAUAUCUCUACCUUCGUGGAUCCAAGAAACUAGCCAGACUCCCAAAUCUCCGUUCGGCUGCAAACUUAGAGCAGAUAUGUCUUAUGGGGUGUGAGAGAUUGCGUGAGAUUCCCUCUUCAAUUCGCUUUCUCCACAAACUUGAUUAUCUUAACCUUUAUGGGUGCAAAAAGCUAAGGAGUCUUCCAAGUCUCUUUCAGUUGAAAAAUCUGCGGUAUCUUUCUCUGUCCCUCUGCAUAAAUUUGAAGCAAAUUUCAGAAAUUCCGAGUGUUAUUGAACAGUUAGAUCUAAUAGAAUGUGGAAUGGAAGAAUGGUCCACAGAUAUUCAAUCUCUAGACAAUCUUGAAUACCUUCCUAUUUCGAUGUGCAAAAACCUUAGAAGCCUUCCAAGCACUUUACAUUUCAAUUGGGUUGAGGAACUUGAUCUCUCUGGAUGCUCAAAUCUAAACAAGCUCCCUAAUGUUACUGGACAUCUGAAAAAAUUGGUGUUAGAAGAGACUCCAAUUGAAGAAUUACCCUCAACUAUCGGGUGUCUCCCUUCACUUGUUGAUUUGCAAUUGGGGAAAUGCUAUAAGCUAGAGAGUCUCCCAGACAGCAUUUGUGAGUUGAAAUGCCUUGAAAGGCUUCUUCUAUGGGGCUGCUCAAAACUUGACAGAUUGCCUCCUUUAUAUGGUUUGUGCUCUUUAACAGAUUUAUAUCUAGAUGGCACUGCAGUUUCAGAAAUCCCCAGUGACAUUGUUUCUUUAUCAUCUCUAAGAUUAUUGAGUUUAAACAGCUGCAAAAGACUCCAAAAUUUACCAGAGCUUCCAGAGCAAACAAGAGUGCUCCAAGCGUUUGGUUGUGCAUCGCUACAAACUGCAAAAUCACCUUUGUCCUUCGCACACGUACAAACUCCCAAUGAAUGGCGGUGGGGAAAUAAAUAUCUAUUCAAUUAUUGCAAUUGCUUAAAUUUGGACCAUGAAACACUUGGCAGCAUUAUGGCAAAUGCGCGACUGAGAAUUGAAGAAAUGGCCAUUGCUAGUCAUAUGUCUGUACUUCCAGAACUUAGUGAUGGUUUUCUUGUUGGUUUUCCUCGAAGUGAAGUUCCAGAAUGGUUCAGCUAUGAAAACCUAGGAUCUUCAAUGGCUUUUGUGCUCCCUCCCUGCUGCAUUUGAUAGAAAUAAAGCAAAGUAUAUGCAGUAAAGGAGAUUAAGUUAUUUUAUUCAGUAGCAAAUGACUUGCUUAAAUAGCCAAUUUACAACGGUAAUAAACAAAGAAAUAGGAACUAA